AUGGCUUUGCCAGACUUCGCCGGGAGGAAACUAAAGGCCGCAGGUCUGUUGGCGGCGAUAAAGCUCCCCAAUAUCAAAAUAUAUCGCUUACGGUACACUUCACCUGAGCGAGUGAUACAAAUUUGCAACUAUAUUAAAAAAUCUAAAGAAGGCAUUUUUAUCUUUAUACAUCAACAUGGAUCCUGCAGUAUUAGCCAAAUUGGAAGAUGGUUGGUGUUCAUUAAACUGCUCUGACAGCAAAUCUUUGCUAAAAAAAUAUUUGACAAAAGAGGUACUAGAUGACUUAAAGAACAAAAAGACCAAAUUUGGAUCCACACUUUUGGAUUGUGUGCAAUCUGGAUUUGAAAACCAUGAUUCGGGAGUUGGUAUUUAUGCUCCCGACGCUGACGCAUACACAGUGUUUGCGCCAAUAUUCGAUCCCAUCAUCGAGGACUAUCAUAAAGGAUUCAAGUCCACGGACAAACAUCCAGAAAAAAAUUGGGGUGACGUGAACACUCUUGGUGACCUGGAUCCAGAAUGCAAGUACGUAAUUUCUACGAGGGUACGUUGUGGCCGUUCACUGGAAGGCUAUCCGUUCAAUCCGUUGUUGACCGAACAGCAGUACAAGGAGAUAGAGAACCAGGUUUCUAGCACACUCACGGGACUAUGCGGCGAAUUGAAAGGAGAGUAUCCCUUAACUGGCAUGUCUAAAGAUGUACAGCAAAACUUGAUUGAUGACCAUUUUCUAUUUAAGGAAGGUGACCGAUUUUUACAGGCUGCUAACGCUUCGCGAUUCUGGCCGACCGGCCGUGGUAUAUUCCAUAACGAGAACAAAACGUUUCUGGUUUGGUGCAAUGAGGAAGAUCAUUUAAGGCUCAUAUCGAUGCAACAAGGAGGAAACUUGGGAGAGGUGUAUACAAGGCUCGUAACAGCGGUAAACGAUGUGGAAAAACGACUUCCAUUUUCACAUCACAACCGUUUGGGAUUUUUAACAUUUUGUCCAACAAACUUGGGAACAACUAUCCGUGCAUCAGUUCAUAUUCAGCUACCUAAAUUAGCUGCGGACAAAGCUAAAUUGGAAGAAAUUGCUGGAAAAUAUAAUUUACAAGUUAGAGGUACUCGUGGAGAACAUACAGAUGCAGAAGGCGGAAUCUAUGAUAUUUCAAACAAGAGGAGAAUGGGUUUGACUGAAUAUCAAGCUGUUAAGGAAAUGAAUGAUGGUAUAAAAGAGCUCAUAAAGAUCGAGGAACAGUUGUAAAUUUUGAUGUUAUUACGUCUUACAUGCCUCUAUAGGUCUUUAAAUUUCAACAAAUCUAGUCAAAUAAAAAAAAUCUAGUCAGAUAUUGCUUCUUUUUUUUACCAUCGUUACUUUAUUUUGCUAGAGCAAAAUAUUGUUAACGGGGUUAUAAAGCUUGUAAAGUAGACAUCAAGUUAGCUACUUAAUACAUUUUAAUAUUAUUAUUCUAUUAUACUAAUAUAGGAACACACGUGAGAGGAUAAUAUUAUAAUCACAACAACUACCAGAUUUUUUUCCAUUAUUUAAAAUUAUCAUAAUACACCAAAUACUAACUAUAAAUUUCCUCUUAAAUAUUAUUUUUUUGUUUUAUAUUAACUUAACGUCUAGAAUAUCUUAAAUGCUAUUUCAAUUUUAAAUACUUUUAAAUAUCUUAUGCAAUAUGCAAUCUAAACAUGAUUAAUUUAAAUGUACGUAAUUUUAAAGCUCAUUCAUUUAAUAUGAAGUAUUAGGUAUAUUUUAUAAUAUACUGUGUUAUUGUAUGUUUAGGUAUUUUAAUUGUUAACAAAAAUAUUGUUGAAUAAAGUUGAUUGAGUUAUU